AUGAACCCUCAAGUUCUGAUUGACAUGCUAGGCAAUUUCAGACUCCAGAAGAGGAUAAUAAAACUAAUAGCAAGACUAGCCGAAAAAAGAACCGUCAAUUUCUACCGAAAUGGAAGGUUACUAGGCACAAGAUCCAUAGACAAAGGCGCAGCUCAAGGAAGAGUGUCAAGCCCUAUAAUAUUUAACACAUAUGUACGAGAAAUUAACAAGCACGUUGGACAAAAAUGCAAAGUGGGCAUGUAUGCAGACGAUGCAGGUCUAUACACAUUAGGCGAUAGCGAACAAGAAUGCAUACAAAAUUUAGAAAACGGUCUCACCUACCUUCAACCUUGGCUGGAGAAACUCAACUUAAAAAUAUCAACUUCCAAAACCAAAUUCAUGAUUCUAAGCAGAAAAAAAAGACUACAAGGGGGGCUACAAAUAAGAAUUAACAACGACAUGAUACGUAGAUCUGACUCAGCAAGGUUCUUAGGAGUUAUACUUGACACGAAAUUAAAAUGGAAACCAUUUGUAAACGAAGUAAGAAGAAGAAAUAUCAACAGAAGCGUUAACGUCAUGAAGGCACUGACCAGAACAGCCUGGGGAGCCCAUCCAACCACCCUACUACAAGUCUAUAAAGAACUUACAAAAGCAAGAGCAGAUUGGGCAUGUUUCUGCUCUCAGGCAGCAUGCUCAAUCUUAAAGAAGGAAAUAGAGAGGGGGCAAAACUCCGCUCUCAGAGUAGUCUUAGGCUGUUAUCCAGCGACGCCAGCAGUAGUUCUUAGGGACCUAUCAAAUCAAACAUCAACAGAAAUCCGAGCAAAAAUUCUUACCAGCAGAUUUUUAGCCAGAAUAUUUGCCACAAAAUCACAUCCAUUGAACAUCAAAUUGAAAGAAGCCGAAUCACUAAGAAGACAGAAAAAAAUGACAAAAACAGGAAUAUCAUUUCUCCAUUCAGUAUGGAUAGAAGAAGAGCAAAAUAUAUCACAUAUACAUAGACAUGAAAAACUCCCUUGCUAUGAAAUCCCUCUUAAACCUCAACUCGACCGCAUACAACAAAACUUUGUUAUAGGAAGGAAAAUAAAAAACAAAGAAGCAAAAGCUGAUGACUUCAGAUUGGAAAUCCACAAACAAAAACCCGACUGGACUGUUUUUUACACUGAUGCUUCAAAAACCACAAACGAUAUACACAUGGGACUAGCAUUUACUUGCAGGAGCCCAAAGCUCGAAAAAAAAUUCAAAAUGAGUGCCAGCUUCAGUAUCGCAGAAGGCGAGGCCAUGGCAAUACUCCAAACACUAAAAGAAAUAAAAUACUCAAACAUCAAAAAAAUUCUGAUAUGCACAGACUCGACAAGCACAUUAACAGCCCUGGACAACAUUGGUCUAUCUGGAAAAUCCAAUAUAAUUAUACUAGAAAUAAGAUCCUUAAUUAGCAGGCUGAAAUCCGCUGGAAGAGAAACCGAACUAUGGUGGUGCCCGAGUCAUCUCGGAAUCCAGGGAAACGAGAAAGCGGACAGGUUGGCGAAUGAAGCAAGGCAAGAUGGAACUCCAAUCGACCUACAACCCAACACUGAAAUAUACAUCAGAUCCAUGGAAAGCAGGUUUUUGAACAUAAACAGGGAAAUAAGCGAAGAUUUUUUCAAAAUAUCGGGCCAUACUUAUCGGAAAUAUAAAGACCAAAACAUCAGAUCAAAAAAAGCAUGGUUCAAAAAAACAAAAUUGAAAAGAAUAACCAUCACUUUCAUUAACCGCAUAAGAGCAGGGCACAUUUGCACCAACGAAUAUUUACAUCGGAUUCGAAUUAAGGACAGCCCAGCCUGUGAAUGCGGUUAUGAAAUCCAAGACUUAAACCACAUAUACUUCAAUUGUGAUCUCACUAAAACAGAAACCGAGAAUCUAUACAGUUUAUUAGAACAGGAGAAAAUUCAAUCACCCUAUGACAUCAAAAACCUGGCUUUUUCAGAGGACGAAAAAAUAUUAAAUAUCAUUACCAAUUUCGCAAUAGAAAUCAAAUCAACAGUCAAUCUCACACAUAUAGUCGACGACGAAGUACAUCCAACUACAUAA